GAACACCCACAAUGUAGCCCGCGCCGCCCAGACUAACUUUUAACCAUCGAAACUUACAGGCUCAAUGCCGACGCGCGCGAUCAAGGCCAUCUUCUUCACGCGCUUUCACCAUGAGAAAGGCUCCCGCGUCCUCCACCAGAUCCCCGAGGGCAGCAUAACGCCGUCAUCCUCGCUCUCCGCGCUGCGCACGCCGCUCUUCUCGUUUGACUCCGCGACGCCCUACCUCAUCCCGACCCAGCAGUUUUGCGACCACCUCCUCACCUUUUGCGUCAACCACUACCGCGUCAUCGGGUACCCCGUGUGCAUCCGUGAGGGUCGAUACUCCAGAAAUGAGUUCAUCUUCAACUGGUCGAUUGUCGUUGAGGAAAGUCUGACGGACUGGGUUGCGUACGGAGAGGUGGUGAGGAAGGUCGGGCGGUUGCUUCGAGGGCUGGAAGAACAAGGCGGUUUCGUCAGUGGGGAGGAGGAUGGGAUGGCUGUGUGGGAAGACGAUAGCGAGGACAGGACGUGGAGAAUGGGCGGCGGAAGUAAGGUUUUUGCGCUGUGCGAAAUGCUGCUGGAGGAUUUGAACAAUUAUGCCGAGUGUAUGAUCCCAAUUGAUGAUUCGAACACCAUCAACCUCAAGCUAUUCCCCACGCGCCCGCCUCCACCGCCCAUACACGCUCAUCAGGUCCCCAUCCUGACCAUCAGCCUGUCCUCCCUCAGCACGCCAAUCUCCUCUGACCUUACGCUCAACCGCAUCCUACCUUACAUUAAUGGCAUCCACAGUGUUGCGCAUAUCGCGCAGCUCGCGGACACGGACCUCAGUCUCACGCGCAAGGCGAUUCAACAUCUAGUCUACUACGGGUGUCUAGUACUGCUGGAUGUUUUCAGCUUUGCAGCGAUAUACGCGCCCACAGCUGAGAUAGGGGGCUUCAUCGUCGACGAAGCGGUAAAAGAAGAAUGCGUAAGGUACGUCAGGGUGCCACGGGUGCGGUGGAAAGGUCCGAGUACCACCACCACCCGAAUGGGCAGCGAGGCCUCGGUGGCGGGAUCCUCACGCGACUCACGGUCCUCCGUCUCCUCUAACGCCUCGACAAGCUCAGCCCAGAGCGACACUCUCUCUGCAACAGACAGCCUGGCGAAUCCACCCGGCCCUCCGUCCUCAGAUGAAGAUACCCACAACAUCCCCCACGAAACUCUUAUCACGCUUUACACCAGCCUACGCCAAGGGCUCUCUCUCCGCCAAUGGGUCCUCGACAACCUCGAGCUGCUCCUCGGCAUCGACGUCCGGCGACUCAUCACAUUCGGUAUAAUCAAGGGUUUCCUGUACCGGGUUCACAAAUACGCCAUCGCGACCAACACAAACAUGGCGAUGCCUCCCGCGCCCCCGACGAGCUUGCAGAGUAACCCAACAAGCACAGCACCCUCUACGCCCGGUAAUGCCGCCUCCGAUACUUCCACCAUCCGAAACCACCCUCCGCCCCACCACCGCGAGAGUUCGGCAGGCGCAAAUCUACAGCACAGACCGAGCGUGGCGUCGAGUCUGUUUGCUCCGGGAGGCGAGCGCAGGCUGGAGGAAAUCACAAAGCUAGAUAGCAUUGUGAGUGGGGAGGAGGUGGGCGGGGUAGGGGGCCUCAUGAGGUUUCUGGAUGGGAUGCACUGCUUUGAUGAGAUUUGUAUGGAGGUGGGGUUGAGCGAGAAGAGUGUAGAGGGAAGGGUAAAGGUGUUGGGAGACGUGCAGGUGUUCAGUCGAUGAUGUACGAAGACGACAGGUUACCGUACCUGACAUGACUUCUACGACCAUGUGUGUGCUGUGGCGGGCGAUUAAUUGUCAGGCUCUUGCAGACGUGUUGUAAACCAAGUUACUUGACGACCCAGUUCCAGCAACCAUAGCUGACCUUGCUAAGCUUGC